AAGCUCUUCUCCAUCAUGGACUUGAAAAUUUUGAUUUUGCUGACACUGGCAACUCAAUCGUUUGCAGCUAUUAAUCAAGUUCAGGACCAACCGACCUCGAGCUGUGACGUUGUUGCAUUGGGCGAGGCACUGUGCGAUAAAAGGGUAGAGAUCGUGGAAGAAAAACUCAAAGGCGUUUAUACGUUGGUGAAGCUGAACAAACUGCUUUGUGAAAAUCAAAUCAGAGCCCAACGCGAGAGUGAAGAAAAGCAGGAACAAAUCUGCGAGCAGAGAAUUCAACAAGUGCACCAACAAUGCAAGGACAAUGUCACGAAAUCCGCUACGCACACAUCUGAAAAAACUGUUGGCGCAAGCGUUUCUGGAGAAUUACAGUCACUUUAUCCAGGCUCAAAGUACUUCAUCAGUUCUGAAAAGUUGAGCUUGCAUUUCGCAGUCAAGUUUUGCAAGUCAAACGGAAUGGAGUUGGUCAGCAUUGAAACAGAGGCCGAAAACAGAGCACUUCUAAGAGCUAUUAGUCAGCAAUACUAUUAUUGGAUCUCUGGCACCGUUUUGGGAUCGAAUAAUCGGAAGUUCUAUUGGGCUGGAACUGGACAAGAUCUUCAAGGUUUCAAGUUCUUCAGCAGAGGAGAGCCAAAUAACCAAGGUGGAAAUGAAAAUUGUCUUAAUUUGAAACCAAGUGGAGGAUCUCAUAUUUGGAAUGAUAGUCCGUGUGAAAGUCUCAUCAAGUUUAUUUGUGAGCUUGAACUUAGUUAAGAUAAUGUAUUAUUUCCUGCCUUACAUGUAUACUCAACUAAACCGCCA